AUGUUUCAACCAAAAGAGACUAUCAGCUUCACAAACAAAACUCUCCCUCUGCUGAUCAACGCUGAAAAUUUUUAUUUAAAAGAAACAAAGAAAGGAAUCAUGUUAAUGGCGAAGAAUGGUUCUCUGAACGAGAUGAAAUUCAUGACAAUUACUGUGAAUUCCUCAUCACUGUCCCGGCUUGGUGAUUGGAAAGCAAGGAAGCAACCGGAGAAUGAUUGCGAGUUCAUCGAGACGAAAAAUAAAGAAAACUGCUCAAUUUUCCAUUCGUCUUCUCGGAAAUCGGAUCGAAAAGUCGGGGCUUUUCUCGGGGACAAAGCAUUUUCAGAAGCUGAGCACUUAUAUUUGUUUAAAUGUGAAAACGACUGUGAAACGAGAACGAAAAACUCUUCAACAACAAAACCCAAUCACGUUUUGUUCAAGUGGAAUUCCGAUGGAUCAAAGUUGAUCCCAUUUGGAUCGUUGCAGAAAUUCUUGGACACGAAAAAGCUUCCAUUUUGGGAUGCCCUAGUUGACAUUUACGGAAAAGGUUUGCUUCUUUUGGGUGAAGCGGGCAAAAUGGAGCUCUGCGCGGUGAAGUUGAGCACAAAAAGGGAAACCGCUGAAUUUCUGGCCGAGAGUUGUUCCAAAAUUGGAAAGCUUCCCUGCUCCACAAAACAAUGCAAUUAUACGAUGAGACGAUGGGCUGCUUCCUACUAUCUUUUCAUCUCCGAACCAACAGAUCCGAAAGAGCCCAUCUACGUCUCCUAUUACAACAAAGCCCAGGAAAAAUUGCACGAUCAGCGAAUCGAGACCGUUUUACCCGUCAAAGAUCUAAACCUCUCUCCAUCAACCGUUUACUCGCUUGUCUCCGAAAAUGCAUCCGCAAAUGUUUACCUGAUGCCCGAUCGGAGUUUACCGCAAAGCGCACCGUUAAGUGGAACGAAAUACGCAUUCGAACAAGAUCUCGAAAGCGCGCAAACCCUUAUAACGAGCGUCGACAUUUGGCGGCAAAGGAAUUUUGGUGCAAAAAAAUUCUAUUUGAUUCCCGAUCCGGAUCUCCUUGGAUACGACGCAACUGUGCUCAGUAUUCGAAAUUUUCUGAACGACAUCACUCUCGAUGGAUUGAUUGAUAUGUUGGAGUCAGUGCGUAAAGGAAAAGCCACCGCUGAUACACCGUUGACGUAUGUGGCUCCACCAAUGGAACACAUCUCAUCAGCUCAUCCAGUGCCUAGAGUUACAACAGAAACGUUUAUCAAUCAACUCGAUCGCCCAUUUCGCAUGUGGUUGAAUGGUGAAAUUGAUGAGGGGCAAUUGAGGGGAUUCUAUCACGAGAACGUCCCAGAACCGGGUUCUUUACCUACACCCCCUCGUUCCUCCCAUUGGACACUCUAUUCACUGCUUUUACUGCUGUUGUUCACUGGUUUAUCUAUAGGAUUGCUUUACGGAUGUCGUAAUAGUGGUUGUCUUGCGAUCUUUCAACCAAAAGAGACUAUCAGCUGCACAAACAAAACUCUCCCUCUGCCGGUCAACGCUGACAAUUUCUAUUUAAAAGAAACAACGGAAGGAAUUAUGUUAAUGGCAACGAAUGGUUCUCUAAACGAGAUGAAAUUCAGGACAAUUGCUGUGAAUUCCUCAUUACCGUCACUGUUUGGUAAUUGGGAAGCAAGCAAGAAAUUCUUGGACAAGAAAAAGCUUCCAUUUUGGGAUGCCGGAGUUGACAUUUACGGAAAUGGUGUGCUUCUUUUGGGUGAAGCGGGCAAAAUGGAGCUCUGCGCGGUGAAGUUGAGCACAAAAAGGGAACCCGCUGAAUUUGUGGCCGAGAGUUGUUCCAAAGUUGGAAAGCUUCCCUGCUCCACAAAACAAUGCACUUAUACGAUGAGACGAUGGGCUGCUUCCUACUAUCUUUUCAUCUCCGAACCGACAGAUCCGAAAGAGCCCGUCUACGUUUCCUAUUACAACAAAGCCCAGGAAAAAGUGCACGAUCAGCAAAUCGAGGCCGUUUUACCCGUCAAAGAUCUAUCAUCG